AAUUUUUUUUUCUUACAUAAUAAUAUUUAUUGCAAAUUGUUAUUUUCCCUUCUUGUUCUUCAGCUUUUCUCUCUUUCUUUACCUUUCUCUUGAGGAAUCAAGAUUUUCUUCGAUUUGUUGAUCUACUUUCGUCUUAAAACGGGCAGUGUGUUGAUCUCAAAUCUUGGGUUAAUUGGGGUGGUCGAUAAGUUCCUUAUGGCUGAAAAUCUCUCAGAUAAAACUUCAAAGAUUGGAUUUUUAUGAGAUGGGCUGCUUAGAAAAGAUGGGGGAACACUGUUGAUGUUCUAAGUUUAUGUGCAUGGAAUUAGAUAUAUAAAUACAAGGAGAGAAUUUUGAGGUGGGUUCAGUGUCUUGAGUUGAUAUGGGUGGGUGUUUUCCCUGUUUUGGAUCAUCAAAGAAGGAAGGAAAUAGUAGUAGCAGUAAUAAUGGAGUGAAAGAAGUGGCAAAAAAGGAGUCUUUCAAAGAAGGUUCAGCUGCUCACUCUAAUAGCCAUGUGAAUAGAGUGAAUUCAGAUAAAUCAAGAGCUCGGAAUAGUAGUGAUUCUAAGAAGGAAACAGGAAUUCCAAAAGAGCCAACAGCCCAUAUCGCUGCACAAACAUUUACAUUCCGUGAGCUUGCUGCAGCAACGAAGAACUUUAGACCAGAGUGCUUGCUUGGUGAAGGUGGGUUUGGACGAGUUUACAAAGGCCGACUGGAGAGCACUGGACAGGUGGUUGCAGUUAAACAACUUGACCGAAAUGGCCUGCAAGGGAAUAGAGAAUUUUUAGUCGAGGUUCUCAUGCUUAGCCUGUUACAUCAUCCAAAUCUCGUCAACUUGAUAGGAUAUUGCGCUGAUGGGGACCAACGUCUUCUUGUUUAUGAGUACAUGCCGUUGGGAUCUCUAGAAGAUCAUUUACAUGAUCUUCCACCGGAUAGAAAACCUUUGGAUUGGAAUACAAGGAUGAAAAUUGCUGCUGGUGCAGCAAAGGGCCUAGAAUAUUUGCAUGACAAAGCGAAUCCACCAGUCAUAUACAGAGAUUUGAAAUCUUCCAACAUCCUUCUUGAUGAGGGAUAUUUCCCUAAAUUGUCGGAUUUUGGACUUGCAAAACUGGGUCCUGUUGGUGAUAAAACUCACGUCUCGACUAGGGUGAUGGGGACGUAUGGUUAUUGUGCUCCCGAAUAUGCCAUGACCGGUCAACUUACUUUGAAAUCCGAUGUGUACAGUUUCGGAGUUGUCUUCCUUGAACUCAUAACCGGUCGGAAAGCUAUUGAUAAUACUCGUGGUGCAGGGGAGCAUAACCUCGUUGCAUGGGCAAGGCCUCUUUUCAAGGAUCGGAGAAAGUUUCCGAAAAUGGCUGAUCCUCUACUGCAAGGCCAGUACCCGAUGCGUGGACUCUAUCAAGCACUAGCAGUGGCUGCCAUGUGUUUGCAAGAACAAGCUGCAACAAGACCUCUGAUUGGGGACGUCGUGACAGCUUUGACCUAUUUGGCAUCCCAAACGUACGAUCCUAACUCACCUUCUGCGCAGAGUAACAAAAUUGGUCCAUCUACUCCGAGGCAUAGGGAUGAACGAAGGAAUCCAUCCGAUGGAAUGGAGGGCCUAGAUGACUCUGGACGUGGAGCCCACCAUGGUUCCCCUUCCACUUACAAGAAUUCGCCUGAUUCCAGGAAGAGAGACUCUGCCUUUGUAAGUGGUGCAGAUUUGCGAAGGAUUGAAACUGGUGGUGCCUCGGGGCGGAGAUGGGGUUUGGAUGAGUCUGAUCGUCCUGCUUCUCAAAAGGACAGCCCUGUCAGUGCAGGUAGAGGUGGAGAAACUCCAAGGAACCGGGACCUAGACCGAGAACGUGCAGUUGCUGAGGCCAAGGUGUGGGGCGAGAAUUGGAGGGAGAGAAAGCGCGGAAACACCAUUGGCAGCUUCGAUGGUUCAAACGAAUGAUUUCUCAGCAUGUUAUCCUUUCUGAUAACAGCCGAUUCAUCAUCUUGCAAGGAUCAUCAUGGAGAGUUAGAUGCAUCAUUCAUAGCACAGGUUUCAAGAUUCGAACCAGAGAAAGCCUCAGACAUCAUCCCGCUGCCAUUCCUGUAAUUCAGCAUAAGGCUGAAUGUCUCUCAGUUAAGCGAUUAUGGAAGCGGGGAACAAGUGAUGGGUUUUAGAGGAUGCCAUUCUGGUGGUAUCUGUAUUACAAUGUUGUUCGCAAGAUGUUACUCUAUGUAUGUAGGAUUGUCGUAAUAGGUAAGGAAGAAAGGCUGAGAAGAAUGUCUGAAUUUUUGGCCUUGUGGGUUUGGUUUGGGUGUCCAAAGUGCCCUAUAGUACAUCUUCUUGUAGUUAUAUAGUGCCCAAUUUGUAUGGAUAUUUUUCAUUCAGCCCUUUGUUCAGCUAUAGAAAGAAAUUGAUGCA